AUGGCAGCGGAUAAAGAAUCAUCGUCGUCGUCAAGCUCGGAGAAGCAAGAUCUGACCCGCCACGAGUCCGACUCGGAAGAUGUCCCCAAGUCUCCUCCUAGCUCCCCUGGCUCUUCCACUCGCAAGGCUUGCUAUGCUGUUCUGCAAAGUUGGGUAUCCAAGAAGUUCAUGACUGGAUGCAUUGUUCUGUUUCCAGUAGCUGUGACAUUCUUGGUCACAUGGUGGUUUGUUGAGUUUGUGGACAGCUUCUUCAGUCCGAUAUAUGAACAACUUGGCGUUGAUAUAUUUGGCCUUGGAUUUAUUACGUCACUACUUUUCAUAUUCUUCGUGGGGAUAUUUGCUUCAUCAUGGUUUGGUGCCACUGUAUUCUGGCUUGGUGAAUGGCUCAUAAAGCAAAUGCCAUUUGUGAAGCACUUGUAUUCAGCCUCCAAGCAACUCAGUGCAGCUAUAUCUCCUGACCAGAAUACUACUGCAUUUAAAGAGGUGGCAAUCAUCCGUCAUCCACGUCAAGGGGAAUAUGCAUUUGGCUUCAUCACAUCGACUUUUCUCCUUCAGAGAGAAGACGGGGAUGAAGAAUUGUGCAGCGUUUAUGUUCCAACAAACCAUCUGUAUAUUGGAGACACUUUUCUGGUCAACUCGAAAGAUAUCAUCAGACCAAACUUGUCAAUUCGGGAAGGAAUAGAGAUCAUUGUCUCAGUUGGUAUGACGAUGCCACAAACCCUAGCUCCCGCCGAAAGAAUUUUGCAUCAGAAAAAUGCGACUCCACUCACCAGAAUGGUAUAA